UUAAGACAUUGAAAUAGUAUGAAAAUUAAUUUUAAUCAUUGUGAUUCUUUGUUUUACAUGUAGUUCGAGUUGUUGACAGAAGAAAAGCUAUCGCGCUAUAUCUGUUGCUAAGAAGGAGAAGAAGGAGACGCAUUUGGGUUCACUCAGUCAACAGAGGCAGGAGACAGUUUGGUGCUUAUUACCAUCUUGUCUCAGAACUUCGACUUUACAGUGACCGGCACCUAAAGUACUUUCGGAUGAGUGCAGAACAGAUGGAUAAUGUUCUUUCUCUGGUUGGGGCAGACAUCACAAGGCAAACCACAACUUAUCGUGCGUCCAUCGAACCCAAGCAGAGGCUUGCUGUUACACUGAGAUUCCUUGGCACAGGGGAGAGUUUCAGCAGUCUAGCCUUCCAAUAUAGGCUUGGGAUAAGUACCGUGGCUGAAUCGGUCCACAUGACAUGCAGAGCUAUUGAGAGGCAAAUGAUGGCGUCCCAGUUCCCAAAACCAACUGAGGAAAUGUGGAAAAAUAUUGCCACCAAAUUUUGGGAGAAAUGGAAUUUUCCAAAUUGCUUAGGUGCAAUUGAUGGAAAACAUGUCACCUUAGUGUCACCAGCAAAUUCUGGGAGCUUGUAUUUUAAUUACAAGGGUACCUUCUCUAUUGUUCUCUUAGCUCUGGCUGAUGCUGAAUACCGAUUUACUUUUCUACAAGUGGGUGACUUUGGUAGAACAAGUGAUGGAGGAGUAUAUAGUGGUUCAGCACUUGGAAGAGCAAUGGAGGCCAAAAAGUUGUCUGUGCCUGCAGACUGCCCUUUGCCAGGGUCUGGGGCACAAGGUCCGAUGCCAUACACCAUGGUGGGAGAUGCUGCAUUUCCCUUGAAAACAUAUAUGAUGAGGCCAUUUCCUGGGAAACAAAUUCCACAAUGGCGCAGAAUGUUUAAUUACAGAUUGUCUCGGGCACGGAUGGUUAUUGAGUGUGCCUUUGGCAUUCUGUCAUCUAGAUGGAGAGUGCUCCACACAAAGAUGAAUGUGAAGCCGUCAAAUGCUGAUUCUGUGGUCACUGCAGCCUGCAUCCUCCACAACUACCUCCUGAAUCCUUCAGAGAACCAAAGGUGGCUGGAGGAGUCAGAAGAAAGAGGGGAAGUGCUACCAUGUGUGAGAAAUAUGGGUGGCAACAGGGGAUGCAGGGAAGCCUAUGACGUACGCGAGAGGCUUUACACAUUUUUCAACUCCCCAGAAGGCAGAGUGUCCUGGCAAGAACAGAUGAUCUAA